GAGGAGUGUGGCCUCGGCCGUGAUGGGGUGUGGGCGGCGCUGCGGCUGCUGGGCCCUGAGUGAGCUAGAGCUGGAGAGAGCCAGGCACCAGAACACACUGGAGGAGAACGCCCGCUAUCAGAGACACGUUCAGGACUUGCGUGAUGAACUGUCAACUCUGCACUCGACAGUCGCUGAUCUGGAGAGGCGGUACUCGGACCUCUCGGCCAGAUACCGCACCACCGUGGCCAACCUGGACGAUGUCAACGACACGACCCUGAGACUGAAGGACCACUCGUCUGAGCUGUCCGAGGAGAACCGGCGGCUGCGGCUGACCUCGGAGAAGCUGGAGGAGGAGGUGGGUCGGGUCGGCUCAGGUCAAAGGUCAAAGACCCGGUCACUGAGGGGGCAGCUGGAGGAGGCAAGAGAACACGCAGAGGACGAACACCGCCGAAGAGUCUCCAGCGAGAUGACCCUAUCCCGCGACUUGACCCUUACAGAGAAGCAAUACGCGAACAAGCUACGUCGCGCCCACUCCCUCCACGACCUUGACCGACAGCACCUGGAGCACGACAUAGGCAGGCUGCAGCACGCACUGAAUCGACAGAAACAGCACCACAGAGACACCAUAAGGGACAUGUACUGCCAUCAUGGACGCCACCACCGCCACCACUACUGCCUGGCUCACAGUAUUUAUGAUUGCUACGACUGUCUUCACCACGACCCCAUGCUGCUGGACUAGGUGUGUGUGUGUGUGUGGACUAGGUGUGUGGUGACUGCUUUGGGGUGUGUGUGAGUCCUGUGGUGAGUUUGUCAGCGUGUUUGGUGGUUCUGGUGAGUGUUUUCAGUUACAGUGUGUGUGUGUUUGGGUGUGUGUGGUGGUUUUGGUAACUAUUUGGGGACAUGUUGUGUGUGUGUGUGGGAAGUAGUUUUGGUGACUGUGGUGUGUGUUAAGAUCUGGGUGUUUCUAGUGACUGUUUGAGGGUAUGUGUGUGGACUGGUUGUGGUUACUGACAGGUGUGUGUAAUUCGCCUCGGUCGCCUACUGGUCACCCAGCCAGUCUUCUCCAUUACGGAGCGAGCUCAUAGACCGAUCUUCGGGUGGGACUGAGACCACAACACACUCCACACAUCGGAAAAGCGAGGCCACAACCCCUUG